AUGGACGCUCCUCAGGUGCAAGUUGGGGUGCCAGAGAAUGCUUAUCCUUUUGGACAUAAUGAAUCUAGUGUUGCAGGAAGCCAAGCAAUCUCUAAUACUGAAGUCGACACAUCUUCAAAGACAGUCAAUGAAGUGCAGACGGACACAAUGCCAGAUAUUUUUAUGACUGAUGAAUGUUCGGCUACUGAGCCAGAAACAAAAUCAACAGAACACAAGAGAAAUGCCAGCCUACAAUUCCUUGAUUUCUUGACGUCGCCUAUCGUGGAACUCGUUGUCGGCUCCGAAGGGUCUAGGACCGUUUUGACCGCUCACCAAAGCCUACUUCUAGAGUCCCCCCUCCUUGCGGAGAAGGUUGCGGCCUUCAGGGAAUCAGGCCCGCGGCGCAUUGAGCUUCCGGCAGAGGAUGUGGAAGCCUUCGGCUAUUUCCUACAGUUCCAAUACACGCAUGAAUAUUCCACCUACACUGAAGCUCACACCGACCAAGAAACGGCAACUGAGGACAUCGACGACAGCGGAGAACAAUUACUGAAACACGCGCGGGUGUAUACCUUGGCCGAAAAGUUAGGAAUACCUUCAUUGAAAACUCUCGCACACUCGAAGAUCCAUCGUAUCAACAGCACAUCUCAGGGUGAAAUUGCUUAUGCCCGAUAUGUAUAUACAUAUACCCCAGUGGAUGAUGUCACAAUCCGCAAGCCAGUAGCUACAUUCUGGGCAUUGCGAAGCCAUGUGUUACGUCACGAGGCUGAGGAGGAAUUCAAAAAGUUAUGCAUUGAUGUGCCUCAGUUCUGCUACGAUGUGCUCAGUCUUGUGCUGGACCAAAAAGAGAAACGUGCUCAAGACAGGGCAGAAGCAGAAUCUGCGGUAAAGGGAAGCGGACGGAAGCGACUGCGCAGUGGCCUCUAA